AUUGUCGGUGACCUCUUUUGUCUUUUUUUUUUUUUUUCGUCUGUUGUUACAGUACUCUCCGGGUUAACUUACUGGGAGAGUGAGUGCUACUAUAUCUUGCAGGCGUGGGUAAUCUGCAUGCAUACUGUUCUUUUCCCUUUUUCUUCCCUUGCUCUCGUGGUUUUCCCUCUUUUUUAUUCCAGGAGGGGCAAUCUGCCAGGGGUCUUUGCUUGUCUUGUUCUGCAGAGCCGGCAUUUUUCUUUUGAGCGGAUCAGGUAUAGCAUGACUUAUUCGAAAUCGUAUCACGGGAUGGCAGGCUGUAUUGGCCGUUGCAUGUAUUUGUGUGUGGGUUUUUCUCUCAUGUCUCUUGUCUUUUUCCCUCUGUUUGUCGUGGCUUUUCUUUGCUUUCUUAAUGGACAUGAACGUCGAACCAAGUGUAUUUCAAAGAAAAGAAAAAUCUCCUAUGUACCUCUUUUUUUGUUGUUGAUGAUGAUGUUGCUGUUGUUUCGUACAAAAUACUACCAUGACUGCUUCGGACUGCGCGAAGCAUUGAAUGAUUCCAUUCGUCUGUCUGUCUGUCAAUUUCGUUCCGACGUCCGCGAACCGCGUGAUCACAUGCAUCUCUAGCUUUUUUAUCACAAUCUCCUUCUCUAUGCUGCAAGUCCUCAAAAGACAACAGGCAGGGGAAAAG